AUGAAUAAACUGUCAAGCAUGCGUCACUGGCCUGAAAGGAUGAGUCCGGCCAACUUCAGCAUGUCACGGGCGAAUAUGGGCAUGCAGGCAGCCAUUAAUCCCCGUAGAGACAUCGCUGCUCAAGGUCCGCCUCCGAUAGCCGCACCGCCCGUCCCCGACGGUCCGAUCAAUUACUCGUUCAACGUCCCCUUCGCCUCCGAUCUUGCCGGCCCCAACACGGAGGACAUCCUUCACGCCACGACCGACGCCGUCCUCCGAUGGACACAUCCCGAGGAGGCUCCCGACGAUGUUCCCGUCUACGAGCUGCCCGUGCAUGCCAUGAAUCUGGCUCACCUACGCCAGCUCUGCAGGGAGAUCACGGCGAAUCCCAUGCCCAUCGAGGCCCAUGUCAUCUCGACCACCCCCAAGAGGGUCAAUGGCCAGGUCACCACUGUGUGCCUCUCUGGUGCGCCCGACCUGGUUCAGCAGACGAGAGAGACCAUCCUGAACCACACGCCUCUCUCAUUGCGUUGCACCACUGUCGUCGUGGACGGGCAUCUGGUUGCCAACCUCUCCGAGGGUGUCCUGAAGAAGUCGGUGACAGACUUCCUGGACGAGACGUCGGUGUUCUGCGGAGUCGACAUUUUCCUGCUCGGUCCUAAGCUCACCUCCCCCACCGGUGACCUGAACGGCGAUGUAGACCUGUUGAGGGACCAGCGCUGGAGAGUGGCCAUCUACGGUGACUAUCUGUCGUCUGAACACGCCAAGACGCGCGUGCUUAUCCACAUUGAUCAGCUCCUUGGGAGAAUCGUCGAUGCCACCACGUUUGACCCCUCCAUGCACCAGCUUUUGUGCGGCCGCAACCGCAAGAACAUCAAACUCAUCGAGUCCGUUACCAACACGGCCAUCUACUUCCCGCCGCCCUUCUCCAGCUGCUACCGCUACUGCCCACCCAAUGCCCAGCGUCGUGACCCCACCAAAGUACUGAUUACAGGCGAGACUCCGCAGGCCAUUGAGCAGGCCAAGUUCCGGAUUCAUGAGCUCCUUACCCGUAUCAGGCUCUUCGUGAAGGAUGUGACCAUCCCCCCUGCCAAGAUCGACAGCAUCUUGCUCAGCCGUAUGGACAAAGUGCGCAAGAUUACAGAGGCUAAUGGCUCCUUCAUCAUGUUUCCGCCACUCGGUUCCAGGAAGGGUAUGGUGCGUGUGCAAGCUGUUGAGAACCUGCAUGUGGAGCGCUCGCUCCGUGAGCUUAUGGCCUUGGUCGGCCAGUUCUAUACCGCAUCGUGGAUUUUCAUGCAGCCCGACACUCGCCAGCCCGGCAACCAAGAUAUCCAGGCCAUGCUAGGCGACAUCUGUGCCAACUCGGAUGCCGAUGUCUUGUUUGACAGGCAGUCGUUCGCCAUCACAGGCUCCGACGAAUCUGUCAAGGAUGCUCUGAUGGUCAUCUCACAAAUCAAGUUUGCCGUCCACGCACCGUAUCAGAUCAGGGUCAGGAUCGAGCUCGCCAAUGAGCACAAGGAGUUUGUGAGCGGCAAGAAGAACGGCAAGAUCAACAAGAUCAUGGGACACAGCAACGUCCAGAUCAUGUUCGACAACUUUGGCGAGUACAACUUCAACAUUGAGGUGAUCGCCCAAUCCUACGACUCCCUGAAGCAAGGCUUGGCCUUGGUCGAGCAGGAGAUGCCGGCGUCAAUCUCGUUCCACGUGCCUGAUCAGUACCACAAGCGCAUCAUUGGGAUUGGCGGGCAGCACAUUCAGCGCAUUAUGAAGAAGCAUUCCGUCUUCGUCAAGUUCUCCAAUGCCAUGGAUCGUGGCGGUAUGGGCCGAGAGGACGAUGACAGCCGGGUUGACAAUGUCAUUUGCCGCACCCCGGCUCGCAAUGCCCAGAACCUUGAGCUUGUGAAGAGCGAGAUUCUGGAAAUGGUCGAUCGAGCGGACUCCGAGUUCACCUCCCAGGUCGUCAGCGUCGACCGGCUCUAUCACCGUCAACUCCUGACCCGACUGCCCGAAAUUGAAGAAUUGGAGAGGACGUGGAAUUGCAAGAUUGUCUUCCCAAGCACCGAGCAGGCAAGCGAUGAAGUUACGGUCACAGGUCCCCAGUGGAAUGUGGCCAAGUGCAUUGACGAGUUUCUGGGCAUGGUCCCAGACAAGCACGAGGUGGUCCUCGAGCGGGCGCCUCAGCUGAUCAACUACCUCGAGUCGCCCGACUUUGUCCAGACCAUCGUCCCCAAGCUCAAGAACCAGUACGAAGUCGAGCUUACAGUGCACGAAAACGCCGAAGAGCGUACUGAGGACGGCUCGCCGACGGUUACGCUCCUCUGGACCUUCACGCGCAACAACGCCGGCGGCCUCCGCGAUGCCAUGGAGUUCCUGCAGACGCAGUUUGCCACUGCCGGUGUAGAACCCGUCAUUUUCAGGGGCGCCAUUCCUCGUCCCAAGUCGGACACGUUCGAGGAGUCGCUACCUUUCUUCAACUCUAAGUUGCUCCAACACGCACCCGCUCCAGUGGUCACCGAUUCUCCGACCAGACCCUCUUUCGGCGAGGAGGUUGCGCGCGAGCGGAGCAUCCUGGCCUGUUUGCGAAAGCCGGGCAGCAUGUCAUCCAUUUCGUCGUUUCUGGACCGGAGAAAGAACAGCUCGCAGUCGGCGGCCAACUUCUUCAAGGGGUCCAGCAAUGUCUCCAAGUCUUCUCUCAUCUCGAUCGAAUCAACGCGCAGCUUCAAUGCCGACCGCAACCCCUGGAACGACAGCGGCGUCAACCUUCCAGACGACGAAGGUAACCCGUGGUCGACGGGCCCUACAUACGUCAACGGCGUCGACAAGCUCAUGGUUCCGCAGCCGGGCGAUGUCACGCCCCGCCACCACCCCCGGCAGUCUGCCGACAGCGGACGCCCUUCCACGUCUCACUCAACCAAUUCAGGAUACCCCGGUCCUCUCGCAGGGCCAUUUCGUUAG